AGUAUCGGUUAACCACUGCGUGGCCUGGCGGGCUGGGGAUUCGCGGGCCGGAACCUGCCAGUCCGGGCUCCGGAGCCACACCCCUCGUGGGAUUUAAAGGGCCAGGAGGGGCCGGUUUGGGCCGAAGCCCGAACCAAGGGAGCGGGCAUGAGGCGCUGCCCGUGCCGGGGGAGUCUGAACGAGGCCGAGGCCGGAAAGCUGCCGGGGUCGACCGGCAUGGGGCUGGAGGCGCCGCGAGGGGGGCGGCGGCGGCAGCCGGGGCAGCAGAGACCAGGACCCGGCGCCGGGGGCCCGGCGGGGCGGCCAGAGGGGGGCGGGCCCCAGGCCUGGACCAAGGGGUCCUGCCUCCAUUCCGAACGCGAGAGGGCCGGCCUCGGGCCUGAACCGGGGAGAGGCAGACAGGCUGAUCCUGAAGCAGCUGGCCUCGGAGCGGAGACGGAGCAGCCCAGCCAAAAGACGGGGCCAGACAAGUCCAGCCCCAGGAUACAUCCAGAAAGGAGCAGCCACUGGUCAGAGCUGGAGACAGCCGGGCCCUGGACGGAGACAGGGACAGACGGAUUUUGUACUGAUCCAUGCAGGUCCGAUCUUCAGUGUCAGCCACAGAGGGCCAGACUCUGGACACAGCCAUGCGUUGAUGGGCCAUGGACAGAGUUAGAAAUACUUGGGUCACAGGCCCAGCCAGAGAGGUCCAAGCUAGAGAGGUCCAAGCCCUGGGCUGAUAACCAGUCUACCCACCAGAAGAGGUCCAGCCUUCGGACUCAGUCAGAGGGGGCCUGUCCCUCAACAGAGCCAAGUGUUGAUGGCUCCUGGAGAGCACUGAACACUGAUGACUCCAGAACACAGCAGGAUCCUGAAGACCCGUGGACAGAGUCUCACACUGAUGGCUCCCAGUUACAACAGGAUAGUGAAACAGCCUGGAAACAGGUUGGCACUGAUGGUUUCCCAACACAACAAACUACUAAUGGCUCCUGGACACAGCCCGGCACUGAUGGUGCACAGACACAAGAGACUCAUGGACCCCAGACAGAGCCUGGGACAGACUGCCUUUUGGGGGACCCCAACCAAGAUGGCCCAUUAGCAGAACGAGAGCCUGGGAAGUUGGUGACUCACCUGUACUCUCACCUGGAGUAUAGCUCCCUGGUCCCUGUGCCCCGCCUCAUCAUCACUCCUGAAACCCCUGAGCCUGAGGCUCAGCCAGAGGGAUCUCUCUCCCAGGUUGAGGUGGGCAGUGGCGGCUUCUCCUCCGCCUCUUCUUUCGACGAGUCUGAGGAUGACGUGGUGGCCGGGGGUGGAGGUGCCAGCGACCCUGAGGACAGGUCUGGGAACAAACCUUGGAAGAAGCUGAAGACAGUUCUGAAGUAUUCGCCCUUCGUGGUCUCCUUUAGAAAACACUACCCCUGGGUCCAGCUGUCCGGACAUGCUGGGAACUUCCAGGCUGGAGAGGAUGGUCGGAUUCUAAAGCGUUUCUGUCAGUGUGAGCAACGCAGCUUGGAGCAGCUGAUGAACGACCCCCUGCGGCCUUUUGUGCCAACCUAUUAUGGCAUGGUGCAGAAGGAUGGCCAGGCCUUCAACCAGAUGGAAGAUCUCCUGGCGGACUUCGAGGGCCCUUCCAUCAUGGACUGCAAGAUGGGCAGCAGGACCUACCUGGAGGAGGAGCUGGUGAAGGCUCGAGACCGGCCCCGGCCCCGGAAGGACAUGUACGAGAAGAUGGUGGCAGUGGACCCCGGGGCCCCCACGCCCCAGGAGCACGCCCAGGGUGCCGUCACCAAGCCUCGCUACAUGCAGUGGAGAGAGACCGUGAGCUCGACCUCCACCCUGGGCUUCCGGAUUGAGGGCAUCAAGAAAGCCGAUGGGACCUGCAACACCAACUUCAAGAAGACACAGGAGCUGGAGCAGGUGACAAAGGUGUUGGAGGACUUCGUGGAUGGGAACCGUGGAAUCCUGAGAAAGUACGUCACACGCCUAGAAGAACUUCGUGAAGCUCUGGAGAACUCCCCCUUCUUCAAGACCCAUGAGGUGGUGGGCAGCUCCCUUCUCUUCGUGCACGACUGCACUGGCCUGGCCAAGGUUUGGAUGAUUGACUUCGGCAAGACAGUGGCUCUGCCCGACCACCAGACACUCAGCCACCGGCUGCCCUGGGCUGAGGGUAACCGUGAGGACGGCUACCUCUGGGGCCUGGACAACAUGAUUCACCUUUUUCAGGGGCUGGCCCAGAGCUGACCCACUUGCCUGCUGCCAGCUUUAUUUAUUGGAUGGUACUCAGCUGGCUGGAGGAGCCGAGGGGCCUGAGGUCGGCCGUGGAGGUCCUGACCCGCGGGACAGAGGUGUGGUGCACCACCCACGCCCAGUGCAGAUCUGAAGGGCCUUGGAGACCGGGUAGUGCCCAGCCCCUGCGCGAUCCUGGGUCUGUAAGGCCUACAGAGAGGACGUGACGUGGCUGGGUCCCACCGAGUCAGAGCCAGACCAGGUCCUCUGGCUAGCAAGGAAGAUUCCCGAGGGGCUGCUGGAGGCUACAAGUGAACCACACCCCUGAAAGAACAGUUCAGCCACUGCAGGGUGCGGGCCUGACCCGGCUAUUACCAUGUGAAUGACUCUAAUCACUACUGGCAGGCCUCCUCCUGCCACCAGCAGGCUCAAGGCCAGGGACCAGUCAGCUGCAUCUGUGGUGCUGGGAGGACCAGGCUUCUUUGUGGACAAACACUGAAGCUGGUGUGUCUGCCUGGGAACGUUAGGGCCCCAUCACUUCAUCCGGGGCCUUUCAAGUGCUGACUGUGGGGUGUGACACCAUGGGACUGGCCUGAGAGCUGACGCUGCUCUCCUGCCUUCCCAGGGCCCCUUGGGUCCUCCCUGCUCCUGGGAGAACUGUGCUGACACCCUGCAGACCAAAACUGCAGCCACAUCCCAUGCCAGCUCUGUGACCAGCACCACCUCAGCCACAGGACUUCCCAUGUCUUCCCCUUACCCUUUAAGGUGCCCUUUAUUUUAGCUGAGGUGGUGAGAAGGGCUUUCAGGGGCAGGGAAACCAGCUUGGGUAUCAGCACUGCGUUUCUUGGGAAGCCCCCACCACACCCGGGGCCCCAGCCCUGAGAAGCGCCGGGCUUGAGCCAGAUGCUCAGGGUGGGUGGGGCUGCUAGCUGGCUCACAACCUGUCCAAACCAAAGACCCCCAGAUCCCGAGGUCAGUGGUGCCCUGCCCCUGCCCCCAGGAACUGGCCUCCUGGGGGCCACAGAGGUGGAAAAGCACCUCUUCAAGUCAAAGCUCUAAUGUGGUCUUCCAGCGUGUAGGAGGCACGCUCCUUUUCUAUUGACCUUUGUACUUAUUUAUACAAGUAGUUGUUAGACCGGACAGUGCUGGGGACCUGGCGGCAACAUCCCUGAACCGCCAUCCCCUCCGUGACGACUCCCCAGUAAACAGAACAUUCAAAGCCAA